UCUGAGUGCAAAAAGGUUCCACUGAGAUUGAUGUAUCAUAAAGGGAGCAACAAAAAAAAACAUAAAUACAAAAUAAUUAAAUAGAUCUAAGAUUAAAGAAUAUUUUGCCACUUUGAAAUUCUAAUACUUAGUUAGAAAGGAAAAAGAAAAUAAAAGGAUAGGAAAAAAAAAGAAGUACCCAUUGCUCCCGGGGGGGCUCGAACCCCCGACCUUCGCAUUACUUAAGCACCCUCGGCGUAUUACGCCUACACUGCUUAUAAGUACGACGCGCUAACCGACUGUGCUACGGGAGCUUGGGUUACGAGACAGUGGAGUUUUUAAAUAAUUAUACAAAGAACCAUAUAGUUUUGCCAUUAACUUUGCGUAGACCUGGUGACAAGUGUGGACGGCAAUGGACUGUAUGAGAUCGAAAUAUUGAAGCCACAGUUUAGGUUUUAUUAUCUGGUUCCAAAAUGUCGGAUUACUUUUAUUGUCUAUGUACCGGUCUGGGAAGUGCUGCCGUGUCAGCCAUUUUCUACGCGGUAUACAAGAAAAGAGAAACAGCCAUACGAAGUCUGAAGGAUGUAACAGAAACUGAAAUUGGACCAAAGCUGAUGUCCACUUUGAUGGCAUGUGAGAACCGUUCAAUACCUUAUGGUGUCAUUAGAGGAGAGGCCAGGCCUUUAAAAAAUAGUGAAGUGAUUAGGAGUCCUUAUGUAUCAGAUGUCACUGGAGUUAUACAGCAGAUAAAGACACGGGAACAUAAAAGUGAAUGGAGUCGAACAACAAGGCUGUGGCAUGACUUAGAGCGAACAAUAAGCUCUGCUUGUACUACAGUUCCAUUCUCCCUGUAUAAUAAUGGUGUCCUUGUUAAAGUGAUGGAUCCCCUGUCUGCAGAAGACCUUCAACUUAAAGUGAUACAUGACAAGUUUGAGCCUGUAUCCAGCUCUGUGGCCGAGUCCCUAGUUCAGUGGGCCAGUGGUGACAAAACCAAAGGAUUCCAGACAAUUGAACGGAUGCUGCCUGUUGGUACAACGCUGACUGGUAUUGGAGAAAUCACCUUGACUGAUGAUGGUAUUAAGAUAGGUCCACCCAAAUCUGGCCUUACUUAUUAUCUGUCCCAACUCACUUUAGAUGCUAUUAUAAGACAACUGCAGUCAGGGAAGAGAGUCUGGAAAAUCCUGAGUGCUAUCUUUGCAUUUGGAAGCGGAAUUCUAUUCCUUGUCUCACUGUAUUUCUAUUUCAAGAGACGACGUGAAAUGCAGCAGGAACUGGAAUUCAUAAGGAGAAUGCGAACAGAGGUGAACGUUCUGGAUGAAGGAGAAGUCUUGGAUCAACAGGAAGCAUGUGUCAUUUGUAUGGACAGACAACGUAAUGUUGUUAUUUUAGAGUGUGGACAUUUCUGUUGUUGUGUAGAGUGUGCUCACAGAGUAAACAACUGCCCAGUAUGUCGGCGUUCAAUUGCCCGACUUGUCCCUACUUUCACAUCUUAGUUAAAAUUUAGGGAGAACAGAUAGAAUACAAUAAUUAAUUGAUCUUGUAAGUUAUGUUCUACUAAUAUGCGCUUGGAGGUUUUGAGAAUUUGAAGUUCUUUGAUUUGGCUAUUCUUCUUUGAGGCAUGCACUGAAGAAGAAUUGCCACAGUAAACUCUAGCACCUAUCGUUGUUUUUAUUGAAUUCUCAGCAUUGAUAAACUUUUAACAUUAAUAGCUUUGAUGUAACACUAAUUUCUCUACUAAAGUAAUACUUAUAGACACACAUGUAGUUAAGUAGGAAAAAUUUAUAAAAUUUUUGUUCCAUGGUUACUGUAAAGAUAGCAAAAGUUUAGUACACAAUUUAUUUUGUAGCCUGCAAUGCAUGCAUAUUUUAGGUGUAUGAGUGUACAAUUUUAUAUUUGGCUGCCUUCUUGGAUUUGGUAACUGUUGAGGGUUCAAGGGCAAGGGAAAACUUGCCGAGUGAGUGGGCAUGAA